AUGCAGAGCGGCACCCACGGCUUCGUGCUGACCACCUUGCCGCGGCUCCUGGCUGCCCCGCUCUCUGUGGAGCUGUGGUGGACGUUUUUCGUGCUCAUCUACGCCGAGGCCGCCAUCGCGGUGGUGUGCUUGCUGUACCUCCUCUUCGGCGAUCCUGGCGUAAUUAAGCGCUCACCAGAGACCUGCUUCCCUUUGCCGCAGGAGGUGGCCACACGCUUGCGGCGCGGGGAGGCGCUAGAAGGAGUCGAGAAUAUCCAGGAGGGGGACAGCACCUUCUGCGUUCGGUGCUUGGUAUGGCGCCCCACCAAGCAGCGCUCCUGGCUGGCGGAGGCGGCGGGCGGCAAGAUGCCCCCGUGGCUGCGACGCUGCUUGCCAUGUCUCCGCGAUGGCCGCUGCCACCACUGCAGGACCUGCGGUCGUUGCGUGCGCUUCUUCGACCACCACUGUGGGGUCUUCGGGCGCUGCAUUGCAGGGACCCUGGUCUCCGGCAAUAUGCCCUUCUUCUGCACGAUCAUCUUUAUGGCCUUCGCGGGCUUCAGCACCAUGGCCAUCUCCCUGGUGGCGGCGUUGGUGGAGCUGGGCCGAGCCAACCACGGGCUGCUCCACGGCUUGGGCGCGACGACGCCGUGA